ACGUCAGUUCGGCCGCUGGCAUAGAGUGAAACAAACAUGGCGACAGAUUCAAGUGGACUGGGCUUUCCUCUCAAUUUAUUUUUGUUUUUUUGCGUGUUGGCGGCCAGGGAGACCGAGGCAGCGGUCCCGGAGUCACGGGGCGUAACUCGGAUAAUCGGCAUGCGGCUCGAGAAGAGCAACAGGCCGGCCGAGACCACCGAGACGGGAGUUAUUCAGGUGACCGAGGGCAGCGAGAUCUUCAUCAGGUUCUACGGACUCUACCUGUUUCCCAACAGCUCGGAACUCAUCAGAUUCGCCGAACUUUACGACAACGUUGGAGAGGACGAUCAGUUUGGCGCGCGUGACGUUCAGUUAAACAGGACUUGUCCGGAACACUCCAAGGAUGUUUUAGUGAAUGGGCCCAUGCAGGUAAGCAACCAGAACACCGCCGGACUUGUCAACCUCACCAUCAAGCAGCUUCGGAAAAGUGAAAUGUCCAAAGUGUUCGGGCUGUGCGUCCUCCAACCCCAGGAGCAGAAGUGGAUCCUGCUGGAUGAUAAUGACGGCAGGCUGCGGGUGGUGGAGGAAGAGAAGUCCCUGCUGCCUAUUUGGCUGCAGGUGAUCCUCAUCUGCUGCCUGUUGGUGUUGUCCGGCAUGUUCAGCGGGCUCAACUUGGGGCUGAUGGCGCUGGACCCCAUGGAGCUCCGCAUCGUGCAGAGCUGCGGCACCGAGAAGGAGAAGAAAUACGCCCGAAAGAUCGAACCCAUCCGCAGGAAGGGGAACUACCUGCUCUGCUCGCUGUUGCUCGGCAACGUCCUGGUCAACACCACCCUCACCAUCCUCCUGGAUGACCUCACUAAAUCCGGACUCGGGGCCGUGAUGGCUUCCACCGUGGGCAUCGUGAUCUUUGGGGAGAUCGUCCCCCAGGCGCUGUGCUCCCGGCACGGCCUGGCAGUGGGUGCCAACACCAUCAUGCUCACCAAGCUCUUCAUGCUGCUCACCUUCCCUCUCUCCUGGCCCAUCAGCAAGCUGCUAGACUGCGUGCUUGGGCAGGAGAUCGGAACCGUCUACAACCGGGAGAAGCUGGUGGAAAUGCUGAAAGUGACCGAACCCUACAACGACCUGGUGAAAGAGGAGCUCAACAUGAUCCAAGGGGCGCUGGAGCUCAGGACCAAAACGGUGGAGGACGUGAUGACGCCUGUUGGCAACUGCUUCAUGAUCAGCAGUGAUGCUGUGCUCGACUUCAACACCAUGUCAGAGAUCAUGGAGAGCGGCUACACCCGGAUCCCUGUGUAUGAGGACGAGCGGUCCAACAUAGUGGACAUCCUCUUCGUCAAGGACCUGGCCUUUGUGGAUCCAGACGACUGCACCACCCUGAAGACCAUCACCAAGUUCUACAACCACCCAGUCCACUUUGUCUUCCAUGAUACCAAGCUGGAUGCCAUGCUGGAGGAGUUUAAGAAAGGGAAGUCCCAUCUGGCCAUUGUCCAGAAGGUGAACAAUGAGGGGGAGGGAGAUCCUUUCUACGAAGUGUUGGGGUUGGUCACGCUUGAAGAUGUGAUCGAGGAAAUCAUUAAAUCAGAGAUUCUGGACGAAUCAGACCAGUACACUGACAAUCGCACCAGGAAUAGAGUGGCGCCCAAUAAAAACAAGAGAGACUUUUCUGCCUUUAAACACGAGAGCGAAUCCAAGGUGAAGAUCUCUCCUCAGCUUCUGCUGGCUGCUCAUCGCUUCCUGGCCACAGAAGUGAGCUUGUUCAGCUCAAAUCAGAUCUCCGACAAGGUGCUACUCCGAAUCUUACGGCAUAAUGAUGUCAUCCAGGAGAUCAAGUUUAAUGAAAACGACAAGCGAUCGCCUCAUCACUACGUCUAUCAAAGGGGCAAGGCUGUUGACUACUUCAUUCUCAUCCUGCAGGGCCGAGUUGAGGUAGAGGCCGGAAACGAGAACAUGAAGUUUGAGACGGGACCUUUCUCGUAUUAUGGAGUCAUGGCGCUCAAUGCUUCCAUGCAGGUGGCCGCACCUCGUCCUCGCCUCCUCUCCUUUAAGAGGUUUUCUCUGUUCUCUCGGUUGCCAGGUAAAACAGUUUCCUAUGACUCACUGAGGCCCCCUACUGGACGUCUCACACCAACCGAGUUUCGCUCACCGUCCCACCUCAGCGGGUUGAACCGGACCGCCUCACUGAGCGGCGCCGAUCGCACGGACUCUCUGGCCGUCAGCGGGAGCAACAGCCAGCUCAACAACAGCAUCCCUUUACAGCAGUACAUUCCCGACUUCAACGUCAGGGCCCUCACAGACCUGCAGUUUGUCAAGAUCACACGGGCUCAGUACCAGAACGGCCUGAUUGCUUCUCGCUUGGACAGCACGCCUCAGUCCCCGGAGAACAGCCACACAGCCCACCCGGAGGAGGCAACUCCACCAGCCAGCAUCACCAUCACGGACCUUGGAGCAGACUCCGCCCCUAUGGAGAACGGCCCAGACGAGACGACGCUCCUCCUCCUAAACGAGCAGACGCCGGCGCCUACGGCGAACCACCACAGUCAGCUGGAAAACAGCGUUUGACCCGGACCUCUCUCCCCUCCAUCUCCCUAGGUUUGCACACAUGCACUACUGAGCUUGGACGUUCGCUGAGGGGGGAGGGGAGUUGUUGGCACCAAUCACACCUUAGAAGUUCCAAAAAGACAAGCCAUGUGCGCGCAUAUCGUGUAGAUAUGCAGGGAUGCAAUUUAUCAAACAUACCCUAAUGAGCCAAAGCAUUACUGACACGUCUUUGCAUACCCACAAGUUUUAUCUCUUGAAUGCAGCUCUGAAAUACAAUCAGACUGAAGGAGCAUUUAAAGGUAGCCCGAUAAUGAUUAAAGCAAUAAUCAAAUCAUCAUCAACAUUUAAUCAGAUGCAGCUGAAAUCAGUCUUAUGUCAGAA